AUGAAUGAUAAGCGUUGGAGUGACUUAGACAGUGCUGUGCAUAGCAAGCUAAAGGCUUGUACCAAUCUAUCCAUUUCUGAGAAAGUUAAAACACUCGAAACUUUAAUUUACGAAGAGGCUUCAAAAAUAUUUGGUUGCCGCUCCUCAAAUCAAACAAAAAACAUUGCCAGUAUUAACAGGCGUACAAUACGUUCCAUUAAUCUGGUUAAGGAGAAAAAUGUUCUGUUGGCGCAGAUUGCCUCAUCAACCAUCAAGGAGGAACUAACUGCCUUGCAAGAACUGUUGCAACAAGUUCGAAUAAAAAUAAGGGUGAUGCGUCGAGGUAAGAAACGAAGAAGAAGAAAGUGGAGCUUUAAGAACGCCCAAAAGGUUUUUAGGAAUGAUCCCUACAAAGCAGGAAAGGACCUGCUUAACCCUAAAUCAGAUAUUCGUCUUUGUGUUGAACAGUCUGUUCUGGACAACCAUAAAUUAUCUAGCUUAUCUGAUAAUUUUCACGACUCUUCCCUUCCCCUUCUUCCAGGUCUUCCACCACCUCCGCAGAUCAAGAAAGCUUUCUCAGCCACAUCUUUCAAAUUUUCUGAUUUUGCAAGUGUUUUAUAUACGCGUAGGAACGCCUCAGCUCCUGGGCUAAAUGGCAUAUCUUACAAAGUGUACAAAAAAUGUACGAAAAUUUCAUCCUUCUUGUUUAAUGUAUUUAAGUGUUGUUUAAAAAAUUGUGUUGUGCCUCUUCAAUGGCGUCAUGCCGAAGAAAUUUACAUUCCCAAAUCCAAAACUCCUGUACCAUCUAACCUAAAAGAUUUUCGACCUAUAGCCCUCCUAAAUGUCGAAGGAAAAUUAUUUUUUAGUAUUUUUUUAAGGCGACUAGAAACACAUGUCAUCCACAACAAUAAGUUUAUUAACACGUCCGUUCAAAAGGGGUGCAUGGCGAAUGUUCCUGGCUGUUGGGAACACAUGUCGUCAAUCUGGACAGCUUUGAAAGAUGCACGCUCUGCAAGAACUGAUCUUGCCACCAUUUGGUUGGAUAUCGCAAGUGCGUAUCCCUCAAUACCGCACAGAUUAAUCUUUUUUGCUUUGGAAUGGUAUGAUAUAUCUCCUAGUUGGAUUGCCAUUGUAAAGGAUUACUAUUCUGGGCUGUACAGCAAAUCAUUCUCCAAAUCUGCUCCAAGCAAUUGGCACCAGCACUUCAGGGGCAUCUUCGCUGGCUGCACCCUGUCUAUCGUCUUGUUUUUAUCAGGCAUAAAUGUUAUUUUGGAGUAUACGCUGGCAACAUCUGUGUCAUGCUACAUCACCUCUAACAGAGUAUCCUUACCUUUAAUAAGGGCUUUCAUGGACGACAUAAACAUCAUGUCUUCUUCUGUUGCUGGAACACAAUAUAUCCCAUCUAUUCAUGCCUCGCCAGUGCGAUUUUUAGGCCGGAUUAUUGAUUGUUCUAUCUCAGACAGAAAGUCCAUCAACGAAUUGGAGGAAAAGCUGAUGGAAGGGCUUGGUGUCAUUAAUAAGUCCUUAUACACUGGAGCACAAAAACUUUGGAUCUUGCAACAUCUUUUGAUCCCGCGAAUUCAGUGGCCACUUGUUGUUUCAGAAACUGAUUUGUGGAUAUAUGAUAUAUUCUAUUAUUUUCUGCAUUUUCCUAAUGCCAUGUCUUAUAAUAUUUUUGUUCAUAAGGCCACACCACAAUAG